UUGUGUUGCUUUGACGUUAAGUCAGUUAGUCUUUGGGACGCAGUUGGAUUGUGAGCAUCAAUUUGGACACCAGAGAAUAUCUUGUUGAAGAAGUAGCGAAAAAGUUUCACAUCCGUAAUUGGUGAAACAUGUUGAGCGGUGAAACGGCUGACACAAAUGGCAAGAAAAAUGGUUUAAAUCGUUAUGCUAUUGGAGAAGAAGGAAUUAAAUAUGGAUGGUUAUCUUUUCGUCCUCCUAAUUUCAAAAUGCUUUUAAAUCCAAUGACGUGUCGGAUUGUUUUGACAAUGUGCGUGUCUUAUGCUGUAAUGAUACAACAUAUGUUGCCGGCUGUGCAACUCACAUUAAAACGACGUUUUCAUCUUUCUGAUAAAGACAUUAAUGGUCUUAACAUUGCUCAAGGCGUUUCUCUCGUGACUGCCGUCAUUCUUUUUGGCUUUUUCGGCAAUUUUCGAGCAAAAAAGAUUCAUUGUAUUGCCAGUGGUCUAGUAGUUACAGGUUUGGGUGCAAUAUUCUUUGCAGUUCCACACUUUCAAACAUCUGACUAUGCACCAUUUAAUGGGACAAAGAGCUUUUAUACGAAUCUUGGCCUUUGUCGCAUUACACCAGGACCACCUGCACAAUGUUUAAUCAAGAGUGUUGAAUCAUCACAUAUGGGAAUGUUUGUGUUUGGUCAAAUAUUGAUUGGAGCAGGUCUUGCACCUCUUUACUCUCUUGCACCAUCUUAUAUUGAUGAAAACACUACACCAAAAUCGAUGCCAUUUGCCAUGACAUUAUGGUAUGUUUUACUGGCGUUGGGUCCCCUUUCUGGUUUGUCUGGAGGUGGAAUAUUUCAGGCUAACAUUUAUAUUGAUAUACAUCAGCCAAAGCUCGUUUAUCCAAUGGAUAACAAAGAUCCCCGCUGGCUUGGUGCUUGGUGGCUCGGAUACUUGGUAUGUGGCCUUCUUACCAUGUGGUUUGCUGUCAUAGUCGCUGGUUUUCCUCCUUAUUUACCAGGCUCCCGCAAUACAAGAGAUGAACAUAUCCUUAAAGGGAACAUUCAAGCCAAAGACGAUAAGAUAACGAUGUCUCCUUUUGGUUUACUAUAUUCUACAAUAACUUUAUUCAAGAAUAAAACAUUCCUUUUCAAUACAUUGGCCAAUCUGUGCAUUGUCUUCUUCAUGUACGCCAUUGGACCAUUUAUGGUUCAAGUUGUGACAAUAAAAUAUGGUGCUGAUCCUUUAUCGAUAGCAAUGCCUGUCACAUUUGCUUCUUUUUUUGGUAUCAUAGCUGGUGUUGUUGGUGGUGGUUUACUGACAUAUCGUAUUUCUUUAAAAAAACUUGUUAAAGGAGCCGCAUUUCUUUGUCUUAUAUUACAAACAGUUGCAAUUCUCGCUCCAUUAUUGUUUGUCAUUCCUGGCUGUAAUGAAAGUAACAUAGCUGGUGUAACUAAAGAAUAUCCUGCGAUUGGAGGUAGAGCCAUGCCAAUGAUGGGUGAAAAUGGUUCAAGUGAAAUAACAUCAGUUUGUAAUGUACAAUGUAAUUGCUCAACGUUCUUCAGUCAGCCUGUAUGCGGUUCAAAUAAUGUCGCUUAUUUUGAUCCUUGUCAUGCUGGUUGUAAAGUUAGGAUAGACGACACUGAUGACUACACCAAUUGUACAUGCGUACCCCCUGGUCCAGGACAGAAAUAUGGAACAGCAAAGAAAGGAUUCUGUGAUCGGGGUUGUGCAAGCUGGAAGCUUUUCGUCUUUCUAUUAUUCGUAGCUGUAGCAUUGUUUACAGCAAAUAUUGUUCCAAGCAAGGUCGUAAUACUGAGAUGUGUUAAAGAUAAUCAGAGAUCGUACGGUCUAGCUGUGCAACAGUUUCUUUUCAUUCUUUUUGGCUUUAUUCCUACUCAUCUUGUUAAAUACAUCAUUGAUCGAGACUGUCAUAUAUGGCAAACGGACUCUUGUGGACGCAAGGGAUUUGUUGGGAUUACCAUACCAACUCUAUGAGCAAGAGCAUGACAAUAUUUGGUCUUGUAAUUUCAACUCUAGCCACAGUGUUUUUCUUCCUUUCUUGGUAUCUCCAAAAUGAAAAAGCAAAGAAAUCUGAUAUAUUGCUGAGUGGAAUGGUCGCACAGCCUGAGGAUGUAAGUGACGACCAGGUCACCCCGAUGUGACGUCACUUCAUACGCAGAACAUUACGUAAUUCACGCUGUGGAAAUAUAUCAACUUAUUAGAAAAUUUCUUUAUCAGUCGUUACGGAGUAUUCAUUCAAUAAAAUGAAUCAUACGGGUUUUUUAA